AUCGCAGCUAACUUUCCUACUAUAACCUUCCGCUAAAAGGCGUAGUCCUUUAGAUCUCCUUUAUUUUGAAGAGUACACAUUAACUGUUGGCCAACGAUUUAACAUAUGCGGCGGUUACAUCAAUUUAAGUCGUUACAACUUAUAGUUGUUCUUUUCCGAUGAGCAAAUAGGUUGUCUCUAUAUAGGCGUUUGAAAUUGGACACCGCUGCUUUGAGGCCCUCUUUUUAUGCGGAAGGAUACGUUGUUGCUUCUGACAAUGUGGACGGAGGUGGUUAAGAUGUCUUCUAGAAGAAUGAAAUCAUCUCAAUUGUAACAACAAAAAGGAAGACGUGAGAUUAAUAACUAGAUAUUGUUUGGAUGCAAACUGGUUACAUUGUACUAAUGACGUGGACAGUGUAACGAAGCAAGGUUCAGGAGGAAUAAGGAAGACCUACAGCGAUCCAAUGCGUUUCACGCGCUGAGGUUGAAAUUCUCUUGAAGUUUUAUGUUUUUUCCCCCUGCGAGAGACAGCCUUUCUUUUUACUGUUGGAUGCCAGACAUUUGAAGAUUAAAGGGUUGUUAGUGACUGAGGGGCAUGAACGAGCAGCAGCAGCAGAGAAUGACUGCAGUGGGAACACAAGACAAGGAACUCAACGACCUCCUGGAUUUCAGUGCGAUGUUUGCACCACCUGUGGCUAAUGGGAAGAACAGACCGACGACACUCGCUAGCAGUCAGUUUGGCGGAUCAGCUCUGGAUGAGCGCAAUGGCUCUGGAUCCUGGGGCCCAGGAGAACAAAACAGCCCCCCCUUCAACCAGGGAAGGGGCUACGGAGAUGGCUCCCACUACAAUGAGCACGAGGGCCUGUCAUCCCCCUUCCUCAGCUCAGGAAUCGGAGGUAAAAAUGAGAGGAUACCAUACUCUUCCUUUGGUGGCCAGCCCGGCUUCCUACCCAGUGACAUCGUCAUGCCCAGUCCAGAUGCCAUGUCCCCCUCUGGGCUAAAGUCUACCUCUCAGUUCUACCCCGGAUCGUACCCCAACAACCCCAGGAGGAGGCCUCCCGAUGGCCAGCUAGACACCCAACCCAAGAAGAUCCGCAAGCCCCCUGGCCUGCCGUCCUCGGUGUAUGCCUCUUCCUCUGGGGAUGAAUAUGCACGUGACAACGGAGGAUAUCCUGGCACCAAACCUGGCUCUGUCUACCCAGGCUCUUUCUACAUGCAAGGUAACUACUUGCAAGAGGGCCUCCACCCCUCCUCUGACCCCUGGGCCUCCUCAGGACCUCUGGGUCAGUCUGGCUACUCUGCCAUGCUGGGGAACUCCCCCCACAUUGGCCAGCCAGGCUCCUUCUCUGCCAUCAACCCACAGGACAGGAUGGUGAGGACAGCCCCUCAAUAUAACUACCCUCUCCAUGGCAGUGAGGUGAACGGCAGCCUCCCACCCAGCUUCCACUCUGGCUCUGGGAGCUACAACCACACGCCCUCCAUUAACGGAGCAGACGGCAUCAUGGCCAACAGAGGCGCCACUGCAGGGAGCUCAGGGGAUGAGAUUGGGAAGGCUCUUGCAUCGAUCUACCCCUCGGACCACAACAGUAACAACUUCUCCUCCACACCCUCCACCCCAGUGGGCUCGCCCCAGGGAAUUGCAGGAGCUGCAUCUCAAUGGCCAAGACCUUCAGGGCAAUCUGCCCUGUCACCCAACUAUGAAGGGCAACUGCACGCCCUGCAGAACAAAAUGGAGGACCGUCUGGAAGAGGCCAUCCACGUGCUGCGUAGCCACGCUGUCCAGGGCCCGCCCGGCUUGGGGGGAGGAGCCCACUCUGACAUGCACAGCCUGCUGAGCGCUGUGUCGUCUGUGCACAACGGUGGCCUGGGAGGCCUCUCUCAGGCCUUCUCCAACGCUGGCCUGGCCCUCAGCAACAGACACCCUGCCAUGGGAGGAAACCAUCACGAGGAGCCCACAGGCCUUCCUCCCAGCAGUACCCUGCUGCACGGUCACCACGCCUCCGGACCCCCUCAGUCCACUGGACAAUCUGACGGCUUCACCAGUCUGCCAGGAAGUGUGGCCCGCUCCACACACUCGUCCAGUGGCUCGGACAUCAAGAGAGAGGACAAGGAGGACGAAGAGAACUCCUCCAUCGCUGACAAGUCUGAGGACGAGAAGAAGGAAACCAAACGCAUCAGAGCAAGAAAGGAGGCGCUGACCCUCCAGAUCCUCUCUGGCCUCUCAGGCCUGUCAGACCCGGGAGAUGAUCCAGAGGAUGAGGAUGACGAGGACCUUCCUCCUGAGGUAAAGGUAGAGCGUGAGAAAGAGCGUCGAGUGGCCAACAACGCCCGCGAGCGGCUGCGAGUGCGAGACAUCAACGAGGCUUUCAAGGAGCUGGGCCGCAUGUGCCAGCUGCACCUCAGCAACGACAAACCUCAGACCAAGCUGCUCAUCCUGCAUCAAGCCGUCAACGUCAUUCUCAACCUGGAGCAGCAAGUCCGAGAACGUAACCUGAACCCUAAAGCAGCGUGUCUGAAGCGGCGGGAGGAGGAGAAGGUGUCUGGGGUGGUGGGUGACUCCCCCAUGCAGCUCUCGGGAGGCCACCCCGGCAUGGGGGGAGACGGCCAUAACCCAGUCAGUCAUAUGUAAUACCAGAUCUAAUGGAAUUCCCUUGGCUCUCGGAAGAUGUGGCCUUAAUCUCUUCUUCCACCCAUUCUUCUCAGUGUGUGUGUGUGUGUACACGUAUACUGAUGUUUUUGUGUAUUGUCAAAUUCAGUUUCAAGACGCACAUUCACAUACCCUUAUCCACACAUGCAUACUGCCAAAACUGACACAGCCAAUUUGCCACACUCAUGACCAUGACUACCAGCGCAAAUGUGAACUUUAUUUUAUUUAAUUUUUUUUAUACAUAUAUUUUUUGCUUCUAUAACAUGAUGGAACACCAGAGUAAUAGUGUCCUGCCACUAAUGGGACUCAACACACUGCCGAGAGGUGCUCUGUGAACGAUAGAAGCCUAACAAAUGACAAAUUUAAUCAAGGAUUUGUGCCUAAUUGUUACAUGUUUUAUAUGAGACAUUUAAGCAAACUGCUUACAUUUGCGGAACAUUUUGUUUAGGGGUUGUUAUAUGUAUGAGCACAUUUUUUUUCAGGUGUAGUUUUGUCAUUCCCAACUUAAUGGUACAGUCUUACAUAUGUUAUGUAACCAAACCCAUGCAAUAGAGAGGGGACAUGACCUGCACCGGGGCAGAGUUGCAGGCCCGGCAUGAGAUGAGGGAGAAGGGAGAUGAACCUCCGCUGCCCAGUUGUCAUGUUCUCAGAGUUGUAGGAAAUUAUUCUCCAAGGCUGUUCUUUCCAUCCAUAAACAAAAGAAUGGUAUUUCAGACUCCAGUACUGUUCCCCUCAGUCUAGGUUAUUCGGGAGAUGCCGGUUUAGCUGGCCAGGGGUAGAGGAGGACAAGUGCAGUUUUACAGCACAAAAGAAGAGUAGGUUUCAUCCUGCAUCUCACCCAUAGGCUACUAAUGACUCCGUCAAAAACUACAGAAAAGCUUGUGGCGCUACCCAGCGACUCUGUCACAUUUUCUCAUGAGACUGGAGGCUUGGUUUGAUGGGCAACUUAUGGCUGUAUUGUGUAGUGCCACCCUCCUGAGUUUUUCAAAUCAAUUGACCCUGUACCAACACGCACCACCUAAGGACACCAAACUAAAUAUGAUGCUUCACCCCCUGCAUUGUCAUUGUUAAAAGACUAACACUAGGUGCACAUUUGCAGAUGCAGGAUCAACCAUUGAUGCCCAUAAUUAAAUACAAUCUUAAUACUUGUUAUAAGUUAAGUUGUCUAUUCUUAAAAUUGAAGCUUUGAGCAUUCCCAAUGAACUAUCAAGUCCUCACCCUUCUCCUGUGAAGUCCUGACAAUAUUAUUAAAGUGGCUACUUAAUGAGGCAAAAUCUCUUUUGUAAAUCCACCUCAUUCAUUCAAAAAUCCAAGGAUAUUAUUUCAAGUGGGGCUAAAUGAAAUAUAUAUAUAUAUAUAUAUAAAUAAAUAUAUAUUUUUUGUUAGUCUAUACAUUGUAGAUUUUUUUUAUAAAUGACAAUGUUAGUUUGAAGUUUAGAGUGUAUCGUAGUUGAGUAGAAUGAAGAGAUGAUAUUAAAUGUAUUUUCAAAAUGAACUCCAAUUGCACUGUCAACUUGCCAUUGGAGAGGAAAGUUGAAUAAAAACACAGGCUCAGAAUAUAAACAAAGACAGAUGGGGUCAGUUGUAGGCUUAAUUAUCAUUAUGUAUUUAGUGACUAUUAAGCUGUCAGUCUUUGGUGCGAUUGAUACAUUUGAUAAGGGUACAGUGGCCUAAGAUAUUGUUCCUGUGUUAAAAAAAAAAAAAAACAUUUAAGGAAGUGUGUUUUGUCUGUUACCCAGAUGAAUUAUUUAUUUUCAAAUGGGAAUGUGUGGAUGGAGUGGAUGCCUCUGACUGUCCUAUUGAAGUGUUCUUACUGAAUGGUAGUGUCACUUUACAAGUAAACAUCUACGGAGACGGGCUCUGUCUCGAACAGUAAUUAUGCAACUGGUUUUGAAUGUACCAUUCAAAUGUGGAUUGCCUUCAUUUUCAAGUAUGUAUCCAGGUUUUGUCAGUCGGUUCAAUGUUAUUUUAUCUUCAUUUCAAACGUUCCAUUCUACUCUCUGCACUCAUCCAUGUGGUCAUCAAUGUGCAGCUAUGCUAGAGUGUCCUGACAUGUUAUUUUGGAGGCAGGAGUUUGUGUGUAAGAUACAGGAUGGUUUGAAAAUACAACAGUGUUAAUUCCUGUGAUAAGUUAUUAUCAUGGCCUCAGACAUGGUAUAGCAGCACCAUCUAACCACAGGGGCAGAAAUGUGCAUUGUUACCUGUUGGUCAUAGUAUUGAGAAGGAUUUAAGUUUACUUUGUAGAAAAAUAGGGGAAAAGAAAAAUACAGUUUUGAAUCAAUAGUGUGGCCUUUUCAUUCUCAAGACUAAAGAUGUCAUUAUUGGGGAGUGAUGCCUUAUCAGUGCCUGAACUUGUAUUUUCAUAACUAUAAAGACAGUUUUCUCUUUUUAACCAUAACAUUUCAUGUAUCGCCAGGAGUAGAGGUACAUCGGAUGACCCCCCCACCCCCUUCAAUUUUCAGGAAGAAGUUGAGAAUGGGAAAGAAAAAAAAAACAUGGGCUUUUUUUUCAAAGUAUCUAGUUAAAUAAACAUGAACGUUAUGUAUAUCGCUUAGUUACUUUUUAUAUUUUUUUACUGAUUUGACCAUUUGUCCAAACUACUGUUAAGUUGUGGCCGUGGGGUCAGGUUCCUGGUUUUGUUUGUUUCUGUUUGCCCCCAUAUUAAAAAACCACUCAACACUACUGGGUUCUAAGAUGCUGGUUUCUGCCCUUGUGAUUUGCUUUUCGAAGCACCUCAAUGUCAAUAUAUGGCUUCAGCUUUGAAGUGGGGGGCUGUGUUAUUUUGAGCCAUGAUAACUGGAGCUUCUUGUCAUAUUACAACUUACAAAAUUUGUCUGUAAAAAAAAAAAAAGAGCGCGCAGCAGUGAUGCUAUAUUUAGUCAUUUAUGACCAUUUCCUUUGCUUUGAGACUUCUCUUUCUUAUUUCUGAUUGCCAGCUCAUUAUUGACUUUGACAGUGACUUCUUGUAAGAGGUAUUUAUGUACCUCUUCAAAGAGUUGAUUUGAAGACUUGUUUCUCUAAUAUUACAAGGUUAAAUGUGUACUAAAUAUACAAGAUUUGUUCUGAGGGGGAAAAAAAUGGACUGAGCUGAUUUGUCAUUGCUUAUUCUGUGAACAUCCCAAAAUGACAAUUUACAACCUGUAUUCUGAGUUGUUGGAUAGGGGGGGAAAGAUGGAGGGUCUAUUUCUGUGUCUCUUGACCUGAAUAUUGACACUGGCCCUGUUUUGAAUACUUACAAGUGCAUCCACCCCUCCUUGCUCAAUGAUAUGACUGGAUAGUGUGAAGUGUAUUGUCAACCUGUUAAAAUGUGCUAUAUGAAUAACUUUUUGAUUUCAUUGGUAUAUGACAGCAAACCUUUUCUUUUCCUAACCACUUCUUUCAGAUCAAAUCAAAUGUAUUUAUAAAGCCCCUUUUUUUUUUUUUUUUUUUUUUUUACAUCCGAUCAUAGAUCAAUUCAAGGAGGAGGGAAAUACUUUUUUAUGUAUUCAAAUGGGGCUACUCACACACUGCUACAGAGCCUGGCAUCUUGCAGUGAGGACACAAUCAAGAUUGAGCAGUGUCUUCAGAGUGCCUCCAGUCCCAGUCUCCUUUAUUAUUUUUUAUAUAUAUAAAGUAGUUAUUGAGAACUGUCCUGUAUAUAACAGUAAUGUAGCAAUAAAUGUGCCAUUUUUAAUAACAGAAUUAUACCUUUUUCAAUGUCUGGCUUUUGAAUCUUGUAUACAUAAAAAAAAAAGAAAAUAAAGGAAAACAUUGUAAUAAAGGGUUGAUUAUA